AUGGACUCUAAUGAUGAUCCUUCAGAUAUCAGUGCAGAUAAACGUUUUCUGUUAGCUUUACCAACACCUAAAAGGUUAAGCCAACCUUCAUAUACAUUUAACCGUUACAGACGUCCAAUGUAUGGCUAUGGCUAUAGACCAGAUUAUAUUGAUUCUGAUGAAGAUUUAGUCAAUGAAGAUAAAAGAUUUCUACUUGGUCUACCGCCUAAAGUUGAAUAUAAACGUUUUCUACUUGGUUUACCACCAUCACAUAGACAACAUAAAAGGUUCAUUUUAGGGCUACCAGCACCAACUAGAUUUCAUUCAUAAACGAAGAUAGUUUUAAACACGUGAAUGUCUACACACAUAUGCAAACGAAAAAUG